UGCAGUGGCGGAAAAAACGAUUUUAUACAAAUGCGGACUAUUCUCUUCUUGAAAAUACAGUUAACUGAACAGACCAUCGCCAAAGUAACCUUAUGAAAUCGCUCGUUUUGUUUUUACGGAACAGCUGUUUACUUGCCUGAGCUGAGUUAGAUGGAACACUGUUCGUCGCACAUGAGCUUCUCGAUUGAAGCAAUUAUGCUUUCUCCCAUUCGAGUGUGUUCGAUCUCUAAGUCUAAGUCGAGAACAAACUCAUGUAUUUUAUCGGCUUUAACUAGUAGUUUGAAAUAUUAAAGGUUCUAAAAUGUUGUGAGUUUUAUCGACAGCAAACUUUAAAAAGAAACUCCAUCUAAGUUAAGCAAUUCGUCAAGCAAGGUCGUCACAGAUAUUCAUUCACAACGGUACGUUACGGCCCAAGUCUAGACGAGAUCAUCGUAAAGAUAGGACGGAGAUAAAAGGCAGGAUUCGAAAGAGGGUCCACUCGACCUUGGAACCUACGGAGAUAGCAUUAUACAGUGCUAGGCGAGUUAGUGGUCAAUGUUGUUAUCAAUUAUUUUCGAACAAUCCGAAAGUCAUCGUCGGUUAUUUUUCUACUACCUGUUAAACUGCUGUAAAUAUUGUAUGCAAGCAAUCAGUGGACAAUAAUCAGGUUCAUCUUCACUGUAUUUGAAAGCGUCGUAUCGGUCUUCUACAAACACGUGGACUAAAGUGUUUCGAAGCAUUGUUUUAAAGAGAAGCAAUGAAGAUGCUAUCAAGCGUACGCAGAAUCGCGAUUUCAUUAGGAAAGCGAGCUUUGUCAACGAGUUCAGUGUCGCGGAAUAAAUUCGACUAUCGGGAUCCAUUUUUACUGGAUGAUCAGCUAUCAGAUGAGGAGAAAAUGAUCCGAGAUAAUUUCCGGAAUUAUUGCAAAGAAAAGCUUUUUCCACGAAUUCUGCAGGCCAAUCGACAUGAAAAGUUUGAGCGGGAGAUUAUGAACGAACUUGGUGAACUUGGUGUCCUAGGAUCAACGAUUCAAGGCUACGGAUGUGCAGGAACAAACUAUGUAACAUAUGGCCUUCUUGCCAGAGAGAUUGAAAGGGUGGACAGCAGCUAUCGAUCAGCCAUGAGUGUCCAGUCUUCGCUGGUCAUGUACCCUAUUUCUGUUUUCGGCUCAGAUGAGCAGAAACAAAAGUAUCUCCCAAAACUAGCAAAAGGCGAACUCGUUGGAUGCUUUGGUCUCACUGAACCCAACUACGGAUCUAAUCCAGGAGGUAUGGGUACAAAAGCUACUUACAAUUCUUCAACGAAGACAUAUAAAAUAUGCGGUUCGAAAACGUGGAUUACGAAUGCGCCUGUCGCUGAUGUGUUCGUCAUUUGGGCAAAAGAUGACUCCGGAGAAAUUCGUGGCUUCGUUCUUGAAAAAGGUAUAAAGGGACUUAGCACGUCGAAAAUUGAGGGAAAAUUUUCGCUUCGAGCCAGUGCGACCGGAAUGAUAAUGCUAGACGAUGUUGAGAUCCCCGAGACAGCGCUUCUACCAAAAAGCCAAGGUCUUAAGUCUCCAUUCAUGUGCUUAAAUAAUGCUCGUUACGGUAUCGCCUGGGGCGCGUUAGGCGCUGCUGAAUUCUGUAUGGAACAGGCUCGUCAGUACACGCUUGAGCGCAUACAAUUCAAGGAUCCACUUGCGAAAAACCAGCUCAUUCAGAAGAAGCUGGCAGACAUGUUAACCGAAAUUAGUAUUGGCUACCAGGCCUGCUUACGGGUCGGGCGCCUGUUCGACGACAAAAAAAUUAACCCGGAAAUGAUCUCAAUCAUCAAGCGCAACUCCUGCGGAAAGGCAUUAGACGUUGCUCGUCAGGCUCGCGAUAUGCUUGGAGGUAACGGAAUCUCUGACGAGUACCACAUUAUUCGACAUGUUAUGAACCUUGAAGCCGUCAAUACCUACGAAGGAACGCACGACGUCCAUGCGUUGAUAAUUGGCAAAGCUAUGACCGGCUUGCAAGCCUUCACCUCGGACUAGAAGAUGGUUGAUAUUUGAUAGACGUAUUUGCAAAAAAACAUUACUGAAACGAACAAUAACGACAUAACAUUUCUACAAAUUUUAUAUUUGGAGGUGAUGGGACUGCACCUUCUUGGAAUGGCGAAAAAUAA